AUGAUCUCUGAGACGGGUUACACGGAGCUGAUGAAGAACUGCUCGAGAUGGAAUUCGCGGUCUUCGAAUGAAAGGAAGCGCCGCUUGCCCUUUUUCGAUCAAGAAACCUCGAAAGCACAUGACGCGUCACUAGCGUUACAUCGGACUCCCUAUCAUCGCUAUCCGAGUGAUGACCCAGAAUAUAUCAUUCGAUACAAAGAAAUGCGAUGGAAACAGCGAACAUCGGCUCCUCCAUCGGAUAAGGCUCUCUAUUCUCUAUUUGUUCGUCAAAAUCCGGCGAUUGCCGAUGCUGUGGCUAGACAAGGUAAUACGAAUGUCGAGUUGGCUCCACCCACCGACAAUUCGAUGGACGCUUUCGUCGCUCAAGAACUCGCCGCCGCUACUCCACAAGUUUUCGUGCGAAGCAAGAAAUAUGACGAGUACGAGCGUGAAGAGGACGAAUACGGACUGUCGGAUAGUGGAUCCGAUGGUGAUGAUUGGGGAUCGAAGCGAAAGGGUAAAAAGGGAAAACUCGGAGUGACAAAGGAGAAAAGAAAGUCGACGGCGCCCAAGCAAAGCUCGUUCUCUCAAAAAGAUGUGAAGGCAGUCCAUCCAUCCACUCAUCGUCCCCCCUCUCCCCUUUCCGGGCCUCAUCAUUGCGAGAUAUGCCGGGCGCAAUACAAAAGUAAACCGGGUUUAAUUCAUCAUCGUGCUUUCUGGCAUGCACUUUUCCCACCACCAAACGCUCCACCACCAAUGAAAUUAUUCUCACCGAACGUCGAUAUCUCUACGGAAUGCGAUUUUUGCAAUGGGGAUCGCUUUAAGAAUGCUCAGGGGAAAGCGGAGGAUCUUGUUUCGUGUCAUGAUUGUGGUCGAUCAGGGCAUCCAAGUUGUCUGAAAUUCACGCCAAAUAUGCAAUUGUCGACAACGAAAUUUGGAUGGCAAUGUAUUGAAUGCAAAAGUUGUGCGAUUUGUGGAACUUCGGAGAAUGAUGACAAGCUUCUCUUUUGCGAUGAUUGUGAUCGUGGUUUCCAUCUUUAUUGUCUCCGUCCAGCACUUGAAUCGGCUCCAGAAGGAGAAUGGUCUUGUCACAUGUGUCAGAGAGCGUUUGGAUCGAAUGCGAGUGCUCCCGGGGCACCGCCGAUCAUGCCACCACCAAGUGCAAUGGGUUUUCAUGGAGGACCUCCAAUGGGUGGACCGAUGCCCGUUCUGAUGCCCCAACCGCCUCGC